AUUGCCUCCACUGUAUAUAAACCCUAAUGCGCUUUUCCCGUUUAGGGUUUAGAGACUCCUCUUCUUUUGAGCAGCUGCUGUGAAGGAAGACGCUCUGCGAACCACGAUCUGAAAUUUAGCUAUGUCUCUCGUUGCGAAUGAAGAUUUUCAGCACAUUCUUCGUGUUCAGAACACGAACGUUGAUGGAAAACAGAAGAUCAUGUUCGCACUGACCUCAAUCAAAGGUAUCGGUCGCCGUUUUGCUAACAUCGUCUGCAAGAAAGCCGAUGUUGACAUGAACAAGAGGGCUGGUGAACUUUCAGCUGCAGAGAUUGAUAACCUUAUGACGAUUGUUGCAAAUCCUCGCCAGUUCAAAAUCCCUGACUGGUUCCUCAACAGGAAGAAGGACUACAAGGAUGGGAAGUAUUCUCAGGUGACAUCCAAUGCACUAGACAUGAAGCUGAGAGAUGAUCUUGAACGUUUGAAGAAGAUCAGGAACCACCGUGGUCUUCGUCAUUAUUGGGGUCUUCGAGUGCGUGGGCAGCACACUAAGACUACUGGUCGUCGGGGAAAGACUGUUGGUGUCUCCAAGAAGAGAUAAUAUGGUCUUAUGCUUUCUGGUUUUUUAUUGUUCUCACAAGUAGUAUUGUUUGUUUUUAGACCUCCCAAUUAGUAUGCCUUUUGAGUUUCAAACAAUGAGUGCACUGCUUAUUUGGUAAUUUUUUUACUACUUGAGUAUUCUGGGUUGCUAUUAUCUGUCGUAUUACUAAACUACAUAGAACUUCUUGUCUUAUUUGGUAAUUUUGUAGUGCUUUGGAUAUUAUCGGUUACUAUACCCUUGUGCCGUGCUAUUCAACUAUGUGCAACUUCUGGUUUAUGUAGUAGCAUUUUGAGUUUAAUGGGAUUUUUUUUGACUAGAUUAGAAGUUUAGUGAACCUUGGAGAUGCAGGGAGUACAUGCCAUGUGACUGCAGCAUAGAAUUUCGGAGGAAUCAUAUGCUUAUGUUGGUACUGCUGGAUUGUGCGAAUAUGCUUUUGAAAUUUAUUUCUCC